CCACAAAUGCCCAGGAACUACAGCAGCCUGAGUUUAUUCUAGAAAAGGAAAACCAUCUUGACUCACCACUAGAGUGACUUUGUGGAUUACAUCUUUGGUUCUUGUCAGCAAGGGCAUUUUGGGCAAUUUUUUACUGAGAAAGGAGCCAAUAUUGGGGCCAUCAGAUUACUAGCGUUGACCACCAGCUUUGCUUAUCAAAACAGAUGAGUAUUCAGUGAAUGAGGGAGCCUUCACCUUAAAUAGCUGAAUGGCGCGGUGCUACUGUCACUGGCGUAAAGUGUUAAUCUGUGUAUGCAGCCCAUGCAUCUGCCUGGCCCUGCUGUUCGUCUACAUUUCUGUCAUGUUGUGUAUGACCAUGAAUGGCACGGCAACAUCAGGAUCCAGUGGCAACUUACUCGGCCAGGGAACUGCUCACUUCGUGGCCUCAGGAACUUGGAGUAACAAGAGCUUCGCCCCGCUCCCUAAAACUUUCUGGGACGUCCACCCGUAUGGGGAUGCCUUUUGGAACCGGCUCCAGCUGGCCAUCGACCGCCAUUUCAAUCCCAUCCUGCGCCCCAACAACAACAACAGGGGAUUUGAAAAUACCUUUAAUGAGUCCCUUUUGAGGCAAAGUUUCUCUGAAGUUACCAACCUGGACAGCAUAAGAAGAAACUUUGACAAGCUACCACAGCAGAUGCAAGAGUUUGUGAGCUACAUGCAAAGGAGGGACUACCCAACCCUCAUCCAGCCAGACGGAGUAUGUGGUGCUGGGGCAAAGGAUGAGAAGGAGCCCCCUCUACUUCUCCUGGCCAUCAAGACAACAGAGCUGAAUUUCAAGAACCGGCAGGCCAUUCGACAGACCUGGGGUCAGGCGAGAUGGGUAGCAGGACAGAAGAGCAACAGCAGAGGAGGAGAAGGUGGAGGAUACGUCCGCAGGGUGUUCCUGCUAGGCAAAGAAGACCCCGAGGAGCUGAGUGUGAAUUUAUCUGAGUUACUGCAGAUGGAGAGUCAACAUUAUGGAGACAUUCUGCAGUGGGACUUCAAGGACACGUUUUUCAACCUCACCUUGAAAGAUGUGCUCUUCUGGAGCUGGUUCUCACGCUUCUGCAGUCGGACUCGCUUCGUCUUUAAGGGGGAUGAUGACGUCUUCGUCAACACCCCGAAAAUGAUAACCUACCUCCAGGACCAGCUAAAGAAGCCACAAGCACACAAGACCAUAAAAGACUUCAUGGUUGGAGAUGUUAUGAGUGCAGCCAGCCCCAACCGAGUCACCAAGUCCAAGUACUUUAUCCCAGACAGCUUCUACAAAGGCCUCUAUCCUGUAUAUGCAGGUGGUGGAGGGGUGGUGUACUCAGGCCUGUUGACCAAACGUCUACACAACAUGUCUAAAAGGGUUCACAUGUUUCCCAUUGACGACGUGUAUGUAGGGAUGUGUAUGAUUCGGCUUAACGCUCAACCCAUCCACCACCCCGCCUUCCUCACGUUUGACUUUCCUGAAAAGGAAAAGAAGGAGCGUUGUUCGUACCACACAAUCCUAUUGGUCCACAAACGAAGCCCCAACGAGGUAGUUAGACUGUGGGCCGAUGUGAAAAAGACACAGACGCAGUGUUGGGAGGUGCCCCUGAGAGAUGCAGACAAGAAGGAAAUCAAACCAAAACUGUAAGACUAUCCCCGGUGAUUUUUGGCCAAGUAUAUUGAAGAAUUUUGCCACUACAGCCUGAUAGCAAACAUUUUGGUGAGCUUCAGUCAGAGAUAUGAAGAGGUGAAACUGUUACCCUGUACUUAUUUACUUAAGGCAUCCAUGUUCUGGGGUUUUAUUUAUCAUCAUGUCUACUCUCACAUUUAUAUCACUGUUUUUGUGAAUUUCAAAUCAAUCAACACAUAUGACUGCAUUUCCACAAAAUGAUGACGUUGCUAUGACAUACAAACAUUAUGUUUGCUGCAGUGUACUCCCUAACCCAUCAAAUUUCAAGUCUACAAGUUUAGUCAUAUGGGACUUAAAUUAAUGGAAAUAAAUGGAGGGGGAAUAAUAUGUUUAAAAAAACACUACAUCAUGAACAGAAAAUGGUCAGCACAAUUGAGGAGCCAUAAGGUUUGCAAACUGACUCAUUAAUGUGCGUUAUACAACAAUGUUUAGCAAAAGUUUGCUAACAUUAGCAACAUUAGCCAUCAUAAGCAACUGGUCAUAUCAGACCAAGUAAGGCUGUAGCAGCAAAACCAGAGUGUAUUGAAUUGAGCAAAGGUGUUUUAUUGCUUAUGAAUUCAACUUUUCAUUUGUAGGAACUUCCAUCAAAAGUGUGCUAUAAGCCUCAAAAAAACCCUCUAUUUAUAUACGUAAAGUAUAUGAUCAAAGCAACAGUGUUAAUGUAAGAUGUUAUGAUGAGUUUGAGUUUACAGUGAUUGAGCCAGUUUUGUUGAAACUGUAAAGGUGUACAUGUGGUAUUUUUCCAUAAACGGAAUUAGAUGGGCUGCUGGUGUCAGCUAAUCAGCUUCCAGUGAUGUGUUAAAGUGAAAUGUCUGGCUCCACUCCAGGUAGGUUACUAUAGAAAGCUGUCUAGCUAAUGUGACGAAUGUGUAAAAUACAUUCUUGUACAUUCCUGCAAAGUAUUUGUUUUCUCAUAUCCCAAUAAACUUUCAAUACACCCUG